AUGACUAGAUACAGGAACAAGAGGAAUUGUAAGAUGACUAGAUACAGGAACAAGAGGAAUCGUAAGAUGACCAGAUACAGGAACAAGAGGAAUCGUAAGGUGGCUAGAUACAGGAACAAGAGGAAUCAUAAGAUGACUAGAUACAGGAACAAGAGGGAUCGUAAGGUGACUAGAUACAGGAACAAGAGAAAUCGUAAGAUGACUAUAUGCAGGAACAAGAGGAAUCGUGAGGUGACUAGAUACAGGAACAACAGAAAUCGUAAGAUGACUAGAUACAGGAACAAAAGGAAUCGUAAGAUGACUAGAUACAGGAGCAAGAGGAAUCAUAAGAUGACUAGAUACAGGAACAAGAGGAAUUGUAAGAUGACUAGAUACAGGAACAAGAGGAAUCGUAAUGGGACUAGAUACAGGAACAAGAGGAAUCGUAAGGUGUCUAGAUAG